AUGCGAAAUCAAAUGGAUUUGCCAAAUAUCGAAACAGCGUCACAACUAACGCCUGAAAAGAUGAGGAAUAAGCCAAAGUCAGUAGUGAGGCCCAUAUUGAAGCAAAGCCAAACCCAGAUCACAUCAGAAUCAGUGACAAGGGGAGCCAGUGGUACUUCAGCUCUUGGAGGACAGAAUAAAGCGAAACAUGCAAGAGAUAAUUCGGAAUCACCGGCAGAUGUCUCACACAAAACAAUGAAACCCGUUGUUAAGCUACCUCUAUCAUCAACGUUAUCAAAAGUGCCAUCUGUGCAUAUCCGUGCUGGAAUUCUAGGCGCAAUAACUUCAGCGCCUGAUGAUUCUUCGAUCCCAACUGAGAAAUUAAAGCGCCAUCACAGCAGUUUUUCAAAAAAGGCAUUUUUUUCUCGAAAUAUUUAA